AUGCUACCUUCCUUCGUCCAAGCCGUUUUCCAUCCAUCAGUUCCCAAGUCACCAAAACAGUAUAUCCACGAUGUAGCAGUAGUCCGGACGAUCGAGCUCAGAAAGAUGGACGACUUUCUCCGGGAAGUCAAGCGGCUGUUCGAGGCUCCGCUUCAGAUCACAAACCUCCUGGCGAUGUCCGGAAAGCUACAAGAGCAGUUCCGGCAAAAAUUACAGGACAGCAACAUAUGUAUGUUGCCAUCGUACAACCAUACGCUACCGACUGGAAACGAGCGCGGCACAUACCUGGCCUUGGAUGUGGGCGGUUCUACGUUUCGAGUCGCGCUGGUGGAGCUUUGCGGCAAGCACAAGGAGUGGGACAAGAGCAUGCGUAUGGUCAAGAUUGAGAGCUACCGGAUAGACAACACUGUCAGGGCAUUAAAGGGGCAUGCGUUCUUUGACUGGAUGGCGGAAAGAAUAGCAGAAGUGCUCGAAGACGCUGAGAUCCGCAAGCUGAGAGGGUCCACGGUUUUGCCAAUGGGGAUGGCGUGGUCCUUUCCUGUUGAAGAAACAUCAAUACGCAGUGGCAGACUAUUGGAUAUGGGAAAGGGCUUUAAUGCCACGAUGGGAGUGCUUGGCGACGAUCUAGGAGAGUUAGUGAUGCGAGCAUGUAGAGCAAAAAACCUGAAUGUCCACCUAGACGCGAUUAUCAACGAUUCUUCAGCAACUCUACUAUGUCGUGCCUACCGGGUCCAAUCAACACGCAUGGCGCUGAUUCUUGGCACCGGCACGAACGCAGCUAUCCACCUCCCAGUCUCCGCGCUGGCACGAACCAAGUUUGGCAGCAGACCGCAGGCAUGGCACGACAAAGCACAACACGUGCUUGUAAAUACCGAGAUGAGCAUGUUUGGAAAAGACAUAUUUCCCACCACUCGGUGGGAUGACUACCUCAACCGUACCCAUCCUCGUCCGGAUUUCCAGCCAUUCGAGCAUCUUAUCAGCGGACGGUACUUGGGCGAGAUUGUCCGUUUGAUCAUGCUCGAAGCCAUAGAUACCGCUGGCCUUUUUGGCGGCGAGAUUCCCAGUAGACUCACGGAGCCAUAUUCAUUUGACACUGGCAUCAUGGCAGCCAUAGAAGCUGACGACACCACAACCCUCGCCAAAGCCACAUCCGCUCUCACGACCGCUCACCCCCUCCGCAUUGCCCCCUCAAAACGCGACAUGGUCUUCCUGCGUCAAGUCUCCCAGCUCGUCUCCCGCCGGGCCGCCGCCUACCUAGCCACCGGCAUCCAUGCGCUCUGGUCGCUACGCCUCGGUUCGGAAAACCUCUCCCCGUCCGCCGCCGGUCACGUGACCAUUGGCUGUAACGGAUCCGUCCUCGAGAAGUACCCCGGCUUCCGGCAAACGUGUCAGAACUUCUCCGAUGAGCUCACUAGAGCAAGCGGCGCGCCUGAAGAUGCCAUCUCGUUGGAGAUUGCGUGCGAGAGCUCCAUCCUCGGUGCGGCUGUCGCGGCUUGUUGUCGUGAGCAGGAUCGGUGA